AGCACAUGGCAUAUAUCCUUCAGGGGGAAUCGCUGCUUUUCAGAAUGUGCCUGGAUGACGGUGUUGCUCCCCAGGGAACAUGGCCAAUUACUCGGCCCCCGUUGAGGGCAUCACCGGGGGUUAUACGGGCAACAGCUUGGCUAUCCAGGCGGUGCUAGCCAGCUUGCUAGCCUGUGCGCUGUACAGCUCGAUCGAACUCAUUAUCCUGGUCUUUCUCACCUUUCACGUUUAUGGGGGCCUUUACUUCUGGAGUCUGCUUGUCUCAACCGGGCUCGGCAUCAUCCCGCAAGCAAUCGGACUGCUGCUGAAGUACUUCCAGCUGGCGCCGCUAUGGAUUCCAGUAACUCUAUCAACAUUCGGCUGGGCUGUUAUGGUGACGGGACAGUCUGUGGUGCUAUAUUCGCGACUUCAUCUCAUCUUGUCGAAUCAAAAAAUCCUCCGCUUCGUCCUCUACAUGAUCAUCAUCGAUGCCAUCAUCCUGCAGAUUCCGCAGAUCAUCCUGUCCUAUGGUGCCGUCUACGGCGGGGCGCGAUUCGCAUAUGUCUAUAACAUUUGGGCCAAGGUGCAGCUCACGGGGUUCUUCGUGCAGGAGAUGAUCAUCUCGACGAUCUUCAUCGUGCAGACCUUUCGGCUGCUCUAUCUCUACCCGCAUCGGAGUAAGCGGAGGACAAAUAUCAUGGAGCAGCUACUGGCUAUCAAUACGGCGAUUAUCUUCAUGGAUAUCUCACUGCUAGCGCUGGAAUAUUUGGACUUAUUUAUCUUGCAGACCUCGUUGAAGACCUUUUUCUAUACCAUCAAGUUGAAGCUGGAGUUUGCAGUGCUGUCGCGGCUGGUUUCGUUUGUACAUUAUGAUCCGGAGCUAGAAUCUUCGACAUUUACUGGCAGUAAUUAG